UUCCCGGAAGUACAAAAUACAUUCCUGAAGUCGGAACAAAGCUGAAGGCACAUUCGUGCGUCUCUCGAAUAGCAGCGAUGCACGGCAAUCUGGCUUUGUCCUUUGUCGCUUUUUGGACUGCCACCUUAGUGACGGCCAAGCUGGGCACGCCUGCCGGCCCGCAGAAGCUACAUCAAGAUGCAACAGACAGUUUUGCGGUAAUGGAGAAAUUCCAGGACGUUGUGGCCAUUUCGGACUCGGACAACGAUACCGUAUUUGAGUGUCUUGCAGCACAUCGCACAGAUGUCGAUGUCGAGGCAAAGACAGCAACAUACAUGUUCGACUUCUUUUCAUCCGGCCUGCACAUCCCAUUCCGCAUAUCACAAGGUGAGACACUGGGGACAGUCACCUUCACAAUAGGCAUGGAUCCUACACCACUGGAAGGGAUUGUCUAUUUUACGGAUUUUGAAAAUUGUGUCGUGGUGAGCGCCGAAUACUAUACAAUAGACCAGUGCAUACUCUGGACACGGAGAGAAUUGAAGGACAAUGUGCCGCAAGACUGCAUCGACCACUUUGUGGACACAUGCGGGGUGAUCGUGCCUCAGCACAGCCGGGACUUGUGCCCCGAUGGAGAGGGCGACUACUAGAUUCAGCAUUGGAGCCUCGUCAUUAGACCAUGUCUCAGAAUUCCUGUGGAAUGAAAAAGGAGCAUUAUGAAAUAAGGGUAAUUUUACGUUGCCAUACCAUAUGACGAGAGGUUGCGCUCAAACUUAUUUCCUGCUCUUCAGUCGCGCUAAUAAAGGCAUAUGAAAGCACUCCAGAGAACGCAG